CCAAAUAUUUUCAUAUAAAUUAACAUCCAAUGAAAUGUUGGGUAUUAUAGCCCUUUGGUAACUAUAGACGACCAAACGAAGCUUAGUUAAAAUGGUGGACGUAAAACAACUGAAAUAAAAUGUCCACCAACAAAAGCAAGAAAUCUCAGCAUAUGCUGACUACGGGGAACACUGGAGCCAGCACAACCUCUAAGAAGAGUCAUGGAGCCACGAAGAGUAAAUAUGGAGCGUCAGUGCGAGGCACUCAAUAUGGGAGCUCUAGGGUCACUGUCCUUUCUUCUGCAAGCAAGACCAGAAGCUUGGCAAAUGCACCUGAUGCUGGAAAACCAGCUAAACCUCCUGUGCAGAUAUUUGAUGAGAGUGGCAAUGAUGUGACGCCACUACCACUGUAUCUCAUUGACCCGACCUUGGUGAAGCAGAACAAGAGUAACCUGCUAGGGGACAGCUCUGGUGGCACACCAACAGAUCUGAUGUCUCAAACCUCCAUAUACAACACUGGAACUGUGACAGCAAGUGCUUUUGGUGGUGGGCCUUUCACGAGGUCAGUGUUCAGCCAGUCGUACGAUACUGCGGGGGAAUCGAUGGCAGAGCCAGAAGACACAGACCAAUCACAUGAACCGACCAGUGCAUGGGGAGAGAUUCGUCGUAAACAUGAAGACGUAAAGGAGGAUCUGAAUGAAGGCGAUCUGGAGAAGAUAGUGGACCUGCAGUUGACCGAGACGGAGACAAUAUGGCUGCUAGACAUGCCGGGGAUCUGUGUAUCCCUGGAGACAGAUGAGGCAGCCACAGUACAGAAGAAGAAUGAGGCUUAUAAGGAACUUGUGAAAAACAAACAGGGAAACGACAGUUACGCAGAACGAGGCAUGAACACUUUCAAUGAGCCACAGAAGUGCAAACUGGUGCAGACUAGCAAAAUCGGUUACACUGAAAUGGGUGUCAAUGCUAACACAUGGGAUAUGUUUGACACAUUUGAGCUCCUUGACAAGGCCAAUAAAGUACGGUCAGAAGAUGAUGAUGAGGAGGGUACGAUAUCUCGGCCCGGGAGCCCGAAGGAAGGGGAGGUGGAGAAAGUUGAUGAGGGGACGGAUACGGGGCCAGGCGGGGCAGUGGUACGGGAAAAGAGCGCUGCCUCAGUGCGUGUGGACAGUAGAGCCACAUUUGCUUCCUCGUUUGCGGGCUCUGAGAGUGUGGUAGCGAGUCGCGAGACUGGAGUGUCGUCCAUGCCGACCAGUGAGUCCUCACAGAUAGAUGAGAACGUCAUCUUACAGAGUGAGAAAUUCAAGUCGGACCUGUUUAUCAUGGAGAGAGUGAUAAAUCUCAACACCUACCAGGCCAAGCAGGCUCUUUACAGAGGUUUCAACAUCAUUAAAGGAAGUCGUGUUAGUGACACUGGUUCCCAGCAAGCUGACAUAGAUGACACGACAGUGGUUCCACCACAGCAGCUGGUGCAGGAUAUGGGACCCAACUUUGACCGUCUCUGGUCGUACACCUGCAAGGGCACACAGGGCAGGAACGUCAGCUGUCUGUCCUGGAACAAGAGCAACCCGGAUUUGAUAGCUGUUGGUUAUGGGCAGUUUGAAUUCUCCAAUCAGAAGGAAGGAUUGGUGAUGUGCUGGUCUCUGAAAAACCCAGAGUUUCCAGAGAGAGUGUACACAUGCAAGGAGGGGGUGACAGCAGCGGACUUCUCCAAGGUCAAUCCCAGUCUACUAGCGGUCGGCCUUUAUGAUGGUGGUGUAGCUGUCUACAAUGUGAGACAGACCAGUGAUGAGCCCAUUCUCGACAAUUUCCUGGCUCCUGGCAAGAACACGGCUCCUGUGUGGCAACUCAAGUGGAUCGAGAAGGAGCGGGGUACCGGAGACGAGACUGCAGAGGUGCUGGUGUCAAUAUCCACCGAUGGGCGGGUCUGCCAAUGGUCCAUCAGGAAGGGAUUUGAGAGCUAUGAUUUAAUGAGAUUGAAGAAGAUACCAACCCGGAUGGGAGGAAAGAAGGAGAAGAAGGGGGAAGCGUUUAUCUCAAGACAUGCUGGUGGUUUGUGUUUUGACUUCAACCCACAUGACUCAAACAUCUACCUUGCAGGUACAGAGGACGGUCACAUACACAAAUGUUCUUGUUCUUAUAAUGAGCAGUUCCUUGAAAGCUACUUUGGCCACACUGGCCCUGUCUACAAGAUCAAGUGGUCGCCAUUUGCUCCAGAUGUGUUUUUGAGCUGCAGUGCUGACUGGAGUAUCAGAUUAUGGCACCAGGACAAAGUCCGGCCCAUUCUCAACUUCUUUUCCUCUACUAAACCAGUGUAUGAUAUUGCAUGGUCGCCUAAUUCCUCGACGGUGUUUGCGAGUGUGAACGAGGGCUCUGUGGAGGUGUGGGAUCUUAACACCAGCACCCUGGAUCCCAUCAUUAUCAUGGAGCCAUCUUCAGGAGCCAGACAGACUAGUGUGUCCUUCUCAAAGAACUCAGACUGUCUGUUGGUUGGAGACAGUGAGGGUCAGCUGACGGUACUACAGCUGCGCUCCAUGGCCCCGCCACCCAGCCGUGACAAACAGAUGGACUCACUGCUGAAGAUAAUCAACACCAGUCUAUCGAGCCAGCUACAGAACCAGUCUGCGUCAGAGCCAACCCAACCUGAGCGAGAGGAAACGCAUCUGGAAGAUGACCUGCCUCCUGAUACAGACCAAAAUCAAUCUUAACCGGUUAUCUCUCAGAAGUGCAUUUUGAUUCGUGUGUAGUCCUUGUGAAAAUCAGAUUAAAUUACAGACAUUUCUAACUAAAUUUAAGUAUCAAAGACUUUAUUUCCAAUGCUUAGAUACUGAUGAUCAGCAAGAAGCAUAAAACCUGAACAGUCUGCCAUUUUCACUUUGCUUCUCAACUGGAAAGGGUUAAUUACAAAGCUCCAUAUCGAAAACUUACAUGAAAGGUUUACUUUAAAAAAUGUUUCUUAAUUUAUUUCGUUUUUCAGUAGAGGUCUUGAAAUAGUUUUAACUUAAAAAUAAACAUUUGAAUAUUUCGUUUGAACAUUUGAAUUUUUAGCUCACCUGAGCAAAAUAGAUAUUUUUAAACUUGGACCUAUUCAAAUGGGUGAUAAAAUCAAUACGUAUAACUUAAUAUGUCUUCGACUGUAAUAAACAUAGCAUAUUUAUUUUUUAUAGGCUUUGUAAGUUCUCGUCCAAUAAUCAAGACAGUUUCUCUUUAGAUAAGUUUUGCUUUUUAAAGUCAGAAAUUUACUGUUAAUGACUUCAUCUUAGGACCAUAUACCAGUAUCUAGUAAAAACAGUAAGUUAAUAAAACUAUUAGGGGCAGCAUGAUUAUUUCUUUGAUAUUUCAUUUUGUGUAUUUAACGUUGUUUGUGCCUUAUUUUUAAAGAUUAAAAACUGCAAUUAAAAAUUUUUUCAUGUAACAUAGUCUUUACAAUGAAUAUUCCAUUAUGUCAUACAUGUGAAUAAAUAGAUACUUCUUUAAUUUCUAAAAAUAAGGAAAAAUGAAUUAUAAAAACAGCUUCACAUAAUGGUGUGUACUGCUCAAUACCUAUUACAUUUAAAUUUGCCCAUAAUACAAACAAUUUAUAAUACUUAGUGAGUUUACGUGUAUUUUUGAUUGAGAAUUUUAUUGGUAUUGAUGGGUAUUUUAUCUGUAACAUUGUGUUUCACUCACAGUGUGACAUCUAUUGAUCUUAGUAUUUGCACUUGCAUUUAGGGACUUUGACCUCUCGAUAUAACCUCUCAUCAAUCCGUCCAUAGUUUCUCUACUUGUAUGUAUAUUAUUUUAUGCAAAUUGACUUUGACAUAUGUAUGUGAUGUUAAAUUAUUGUUUAUAGAAUUUUUAAUAAAAUAUGUGAUGCCACUGAACAAAAAUAAUAAUAAAAAGAAAUAUCAAAAA